AUGUUUUUCUUAAAGUUAAUCAUUUUUCUAUUUUGCAUUGUUACUGUCUCCAGCAAGGCAGAGAAAUGGUACUCAGCGGCAAUCAUCGACAGGAGAAACACCCAACACAAUUCGUCCAAUCCGGAAUUCCAAACCAACUAUAUCCAAAAUAUUGAACAUCCAUUCUUGCCGCUAAUGUUAAUCGAUCCCAAAAAGUCGAACGAUAGACGUACCAAUUUUUAUUCCGCACAAAUUUUUAAUAUGAAAAGUGGUAAUAGUUCUUCGGAAUCUGAUAGCGUAUCAAUAAAUUACAACAAUACAGUUGAGAAUAUGAACGUGUUAAAUAGACUGCGCCCUAAAAGAACAAAAAUACGUAAGAGGUGUCCUGUGGCUAGGCCGAGACAAAUGAAACAGUUAAACACGAAACAGGAAGCUAAGACAAGAUUUCUGGAAGUUUUCCAGGUGGUAGAAUUUGAUCAUGUUUCUUGUACAUCCAGUAGUGGUCUCGAAGGUACGUGUUUGCCAGAGUCUGAGUGCAUUGACUCUGGCGGUUCUACAAUGGGGACUUGUGCAGAUGGCUAUGGAACUUGUUGCGUGACUCAAUUCCUAUGUGAUGGGCGUUCAGAUGCAGACUCUGGCUGGUUAACUAACCCUGACUUUCCGUCACCAAGUACUGACAGGCUGUCUUGUACUUUUGUAUUGGAUAAAGCCUCUGAAGAUAUUACUCAGAUACGAUUGGAUUUUAAUAAUUUUGAGCUCCUUCCACCAACAGAUGGUUCGUGUCAGGAUGAUCAGUUCAUUGUUUCCGGACAAAAUGUUAAUAAUGUAAUACCGAUUCUUUGCGGGAUCAAUUCUGGUCAACACGUUUACAUUGAAGUGGGGGAAGUGGACGGUCCUAUUAAUUUUACCUUCCAAACAGUUUCUUCAGAUAGCAGGCUGUUUUCAAUUAAGGUAACACAACUAACACCAUCAGAUGAGCUGGCCGCUCCAACUGGAUGUUUGCAAUACUACACAGAUACUCAAGGCUACUUUGAAUCCUUUAACUAUCGAGAUAAAUCUGACAUCGUCAUCGCAAGGACUCCAAAUUACUUAAACAAUCUAAAUUACGCUAUGUGCAUCGAGCGGAAAGCAGAAACAUGCAGUGUCACGUACACCAACACUGGUAACAUGCAGAUAGUUAACUACGACACCGAUGGGCUGCCAGUGAUUCCGCCAGAUCAAGCUGGAGUGGAGAUCCUGAAUUGUCCCAGCGAUUGGCUGCUAAUAGCUGCAACCAGGCUCUGUGGAGAUCGUCUCAAUGAUGGAUCUGUGUUUCAAGACUUCACUGUUAAUGCCCCUGUCACAGACAAUGGCGCUGGCCCUAUUGUUGUCUGGUUUCGUUCAGACGAAUCAUACGUUGGUGUCGGAUUUAAACUUAUGUAUCAACAGAAUUCAUGUAAUGCUUAGUACAUAAUUAUGCACCUACAUAAUGGGUACAACAAUAAAGUAUUAUGAUAGAUCUAUGAAUAAAACAGACUAGAAAUUAUGGCCACGCAUAUAUUUUAUAAAAAAAAAGGUAGCUUACAC